AUGAUUAAACAAUUUCAAGCGAUAAAAUUAUUCCAUAGAAGUGUUACUACAGUGUGUAAUACAUCCCAUUUACCAACAAUCUAUGCGUUAGCAACACCUCCAGGACGCAAAUCUGCUAUUGCAGUGGUGAGAAUAUCUGGUGAACAGUCUAAAUAUAUCUAUCGUAAAUUAACAGAUGCUAAGACUGAACCUAAACCUAGAUCAGCUUUGUUAAGAAAUUUAUACAAUAUUGAGAAAUAUAAGGAUAAAAAAACCUUAUUAGAUAAUGCACUAAUAUUCUUUUUUCAAUCUCCAAAGUCUUUUACUGGUGAAGACUCUUUAGAGUUACACUUACAUGGAGGUAAAGCAAUCUGCAAUGCGGUAAUAAAAACAAUUGAGACAUUGCACAAUAGAGAUGAAGGCAUAGAGAUAAGACAAGCUCAGCCUGGUGAAUUCUCUCAAAGAGCAUUCCAGAAUGGGAAGUAUGAUUUAACAGAAAUUGAAGGCAUUAAAGAAAUUAUUGAUUCAGAAACUGAAUCUCAAAGGCUGAGUGCCCUAUCAAGUUUCAUGGGUCAGAACAAAAAAAUGUUCAAUUCAUGGAGGGAAAAAAUAGUUGAAAACAUUGCCCAAUUAACCGCAAUAAUUGAUUUUGGAGAAGAUAUCGACAUUGAAGAUACAGAGAAACUGUUUAAUAGGAUUGAAGCUAAUAUUAUUGGUUUAGAGAGAGAUGUACAUACUUUUCUAAAAAGAGUUGAGAAGGCAAAUAUAUUACAAGAUGGUAUUAGGAUGACCUUAAUUGGUGUUCCAAAUACUGGUAAAUCUUCACUAAUUAACAAAAUAACCAGCGAUGAAAUUUCCAUUGUCAGUGAUAUACCUGGAACCACUCGAGAUUCCAUUGAUGCAAUAAUUAACAUAAAUGGUUACAAAGUAAUAAUUAGUGAUACAGCUGGAAUCAGAAAAGAUACAAACGAGAAGAUCGAAGUCUUGGGGAUAGAAAGGUCCAAAAAAAUGGCCAGCAGAAGCGAUAUAUGUCUUGUAUUAAUCGAUCCAAACAAUAAACCUUUAUUGAGUAAUGAAAUCAUAGACUUGUUACAAGCACCAGAAAUCAAGAGAAAACACUUGAGGAUAAUCGUUAACAAAACUGAUCUUAUCAAAAAUGAGAAUAUACUUGAAAAUUUACAAGAGGAAAUAGUAACGAAAUAUAACUUAAAAAUUCCAAUUAACUUCAUAUCAUGUGCCACUGAAUCAGGUAUUGAAAAAUUAAUUUACGAAUUGACUGAUACAUUUGACGAUUUGUCUAAUAAAUCAGAAGAUGGCAAUCCAAUAAUAGUAUCAGAAAGAGUAGUAGAAAUACUGAAAAAUGAUGUUGUCUAUGGCAUUAAUGAAUUUAAGAAUUUCAAAAAUUACAACAACGAUGUUGUAAUGGCAACUGAGAGUCUGAAGUACGCAGCUGAUGGGAUAGGCAAAAUCACAGGAGAUACUGUGGGUGUUGAUGAAGUACUAGGCUCUGUUUUUGCAAACUUCUGUGUUGGCAAGUAA